CCCCCCCCCCCUCUCCCUCCACCUGCUCACCUCUCCUGCGUGCGAAGGCACGUGUGCACCCGGUUACACAAGAUCCUCUUCCCCCUUCUCGACGUCCAUCUAUCCUACACAUAUGCUCGUGGCAUUGCGUACGGGCCUUCUCGCCGUCACUCGGGCCCGCAUGGUGGCCAUCAGGCCGACUGCGGCUCCCUUGUCGACCGAUCCUCCAGGCCGGGGGAUUGUGUCCCUUUUUUCGGCCCGGCUUUCCUCGCACGCGCGCACGUCUGGCGAUCUGCCCGGCCUGUUGGAGCAGCUGACCCCCUUUGAGGCCCAGUCGCAAGAGGCCUUUGACCAGGUGUCGGGGCUGAUCCAUUUGCCGAUCUUGCGCCUUCGAGUGCAAGCCAACGAGCAGGAGCUGGAGCUGGCGUACAGCCGCAUGGCCGAGGGCGAUGGCCUGUCGGCCAGCGGGGACGGCGGUGGCCUCCGGCGGCGCAUCGAGCUCGAGCGUCAGUUGGCCAAAGACCGCGUGAUGGUCCAGCGCAUGGAUGAGCUCCUGACUGAGCGAGCCGACAUUUGCGAGCUUGCCGACAUGCUGCAGGCCAUGUAUGCCGACAUGCGUCCUGAUGCGGCGGAUGCCGCGGCCGAGGUGGCCGCCGUGGGGGCUUUGUCCAUGGAACUGCACGCUCGGGCGCAGGCAUUCCACAGCGCCUUGAGCCGAGUUCGGCAGGGGAUUCUCUUCUCCGGCGAGGCGGAUGCCUCUGGCUGUUUCCUGUCUCUGAAUGCCGGCAACGGCGGUGUCGAUAGCCAAUCCUUCACGCAAAUGCUGCUGGACAUGUAUCGUGGAUGGGCCUCGGCCCGGGGCCUGCGGCAGGAGUUGAUUGACAGCGCGCCCGGCGAGCGGCCCGACACCCUACGCAAUGCCACGUUGCUGAUUCAUGCUGAUGAACGGGCCGAUGCCGAGGGCGGCCCAUAUGGUUGGUUGCGCGGGGAGGCUGGUGUCCAUCGGCUGGUGCGGAAUUCCCCUUUCGACGAAGGUCGCCGCCACACGAGCUUUGCUUCGGUCGGGGUUGCGCCUCACUCGCUGGAUGAAGGGGGCCACGAGGACCCGGAGCUGUCGAUCGAUGCGCGGUAUCUACACAUCGAGACGACGACCUCGCGCGGGGCCGGCGGCCAGCAUGUCAACAAGACCGAGUCGGCUGUCCGCAUGACACACCUGCCGACCGGGAUUGUCAUCACCAUCCAGCAGGAGCGCUCGCAGCAUCGGAAUCGGGCAUUGGCACUGUCUCUGCUGCGUGCGCGAUUGCUCGAGCGGCACCUGCAUAAAAAACGUCUGGAGGAGAGCCUCCGCCGGAGUGACAUGACCUCCAACUCCUUCGGUGGCCAAGUGCGCUCCUAUGUGCUGAACCCCUAUCAACUUAUCAAGGACAACCGGACCAACCACGAAACGUCCCAAGUGCAUGCGGUGCUUUCCGGCGAUCUCGAUGAGUUCCUGAUCAAGUCUCUCGAGCUCGAGGCUGCCGCCACGGUUGGAGGAAAGGACUAGCCCUCUUCUUCAUGCUUCACACAUAAAUCCCUUCGGAUGCAUUCCCUUCUCCUACCCCCCUCCCCCCAUUGUGGAUCUCUCUUCCCUCUUCCUUCCUUUCUCUCCCGCCCCCCCCCCCGGCACAUAUCCAAUAGACCUAGACACAUAUGCA